UUUAAAGAACACAACACUAGGGCUAUAGAUCUAGUGCUUUAAUAUCUGAGGCUAGCUAGUGUGUAUCAAUAGCUAUACACCUAGUUGACUAGCUGACUAGGUUGUAGACAAAGUUUGCAAAAGUACUGAAGAAGCAAUUGACCAACUGGUCAGAAUGAAGAGACAUGCCUUUCAAAACCUGUUGCUGGUUGUGCUUUGUGUACCGUUUCUAUCGCAGGGUGCUGUACAGACGAGCCUACCAGAGACGCGUGACUCCUUCCUCUCAGACACACGAUACUCUUACCAGUACAACAGUGUAGCUAGCUUGCAUCAGGGUGUGGAUGUUACUGUGCAAUCUGAGGUUAUCUUCAGUGUAGUUGAGUCUGAUUCCAUACACACUGAGCUCUUGGUUCAGUUCCAAGACACGUCUAUCGUGUGGAACACAGACGUGCACCAUACACCUCAACCCUUUGGGGACCUGUCUAACUGGUUCUCCUUCACUCUCAACAGUCAUGGUGGAUUAUCUGAACUCUAUCACCCCUCAGGGGAAUUGCCUCAAGUGCUGGCAUUCAAGAAAUCUGUUGUGAAACUAUUGAGUACAGGGAAUGUGGAACGUGCUAUAGAAAACUCGAUGGUAAUUUUGACAGAAGAAGUUGAGGAGAAUGGACUAUCUGGAUUAAAGAAACUUACCUUUAAUGAGAAUGGACUCCUGUUGUCGGCCGAGAUUGCUGAGAGCACGUCACAUGACCUCGUAGCGAUCACACCUCUCCUAACAUACCCCAUGAACUCCACUAGCUCCCUUGUCUUUAUUGAUGACAAUAGAGGGGGCGUGGUCAGUACUAGACCAGAUGAUGUCAUCUCAGGUACCGUUGAGAUCGAUAAGAUUAGCGAUUAUCUCCCACUAUCUCAAUUGUUCCUCACGAUUACCACCACCCUCAAUAAUUGUCGACAUGACACUAAUUGCCUUCAAUCGCUAACUCCACUAUUCCAAAAACUGUCUCUUGACGACAUCAUCACUUUUCUGGACGAUUAUUUCACUAGUGGUAUCAACGAGGAAAGAUUCGCAGACAACACAAUUGCUAUAAUGAAUUCACUCUCUCACUUGGAGAGAAGUAGAAGUAGCUCAGAAAUCGGUGAUUUGUUGACAAAGUAUGUGUUGAAUUUUGAAGGCGCUGAUGGCUCUGUAGUUGAGAGUUAUCUACGACAUCUCACUAGAGGAAGGAUACAGGGAGAUGAAGCUACUGUAAAUGCUGUGUUGGACCUCAUUGGUGACGAGCAUUAUAGUCGUCAGGCCAUACUUGCCCUGGGGGGAUUGUCACGGUUGCUAUCAACAACAAAUCCUGAGUUGGCCAAUGGGAUCGUGGACACACUGCAUUCGCUGCUGGAUCAAUUAUCAGGGGAUGCCAGAGGACAGGAUGACAGUCCGUCAAGGCUUCGUCGUUCAGUAUCCAUGGAAACAUAUGACCCCCUCACACAUGCCACCGUCAUCGAUAGUAUUGGAAAUGCACGCUCUGAGCGUUCCCUCGAGAUACUCUCCGAUCAUGUGACCAGAUCACAUGACCUCAAUGACGGAUCACAUGAUCUCACUAUCAGACACGCUGCCGUCAAUGCCAUCAGAGGAUUCGGUUCAGAAGAGAGUGCGGAAACUCUCCUAACCAUCGUAGACACCACCCCCCAUCCCAGCGUCUACCACCAAGCAGCCUCCGCCUACCAGACACACUCUCGACGAACAAGAGACCUCUCACACAUCACACAACAAAGUCACAGCCACAGGUCAAGACGACAGGUAGAUGACACUGUAGAUCAUGUGAUCAACAUUACCAUGCCGACUGUGACUUGGUCUCAAGAGUUUGGAGAGACUAAUAUCAACGUGGACGUGAGGAGGUCGCUAAGAAACAGCUUCGAUGUGGCUACAGCCCCACUCUCCUCCCACUACACAUUCUCCCUCCAUGAUGAGACCUCCUUCAUGGCAGAUCUCCUCCUUAGCAACGGGCAGACUCGCUUGGAGAUGCUCAGGACUGAAGUUUGUCUCCAAGGAACAGCAUCUUAUGACACCAACAUUCUUACGAAUGUCGACUACAACCUCACAGCUGCACAGUUUGAACGCUACACCUCCACUGUUCCCACCCUCCAAUCUUCGUUCCGUACCUCCCACUCACACAUCACAGCAUCACAGAGCUUGUACGAUGACCUUGACAGCCAGUUCAUAUUGUCACUAAGUAACCUGCCGUCUCAAUUCUCAUUGGUCGAUGAGGCUCUGAGUAGUUACCGUAGGGUGGUGGAUCGUAUCGAAGGAGACUUUGUUUUGAAGUCAAAAGUGGAGGAAUUGUUUUCAUCUGUCAACCAGACCUUCAUCGAGAGGAGGGGCGUGGCUACUGACUCUAUACAGUCCAUAGCAGCAGCAGUCAGUGAGCUCCUUCCCUCAGCCCCUCAGGUUCUUAGCUCCGCCCUCUUAGUGGGGGGUCAAUCGUUCACAGAAUCCACCUUCUACGUCCCAUAUCUCCCCUAUGCCCCCCAACAAGCACUUGGCAACAUCCUCACCGUCGUUAAGAGUGUUGAGACAGCUUUUUCCUCUCUGGAAGUCUUGGCGCUAAACCUGCUUAACCUGACUGGCGGGUUUGGGACCAACAGUGCCUGGUUGAGUCCAUCCCCUCGAACACUGACCACACAGCUGGAACUACUAGUUUCAGAGGUGAGGAUUGCCGUGGAUACAGCCCAGAAGUGCGAGGACCAGAUCUACGAUGGAGCCACUCUUGAACAGCUGCAAGCACUGAGCACUGCCCUGCAAGUCUACCUAUAUCCGGCCAUCUCAUUGCUAAGCAAUGUGGGGGGGGAGAUUCAGAGUGCCUCGGCAGAGCUAAACUCUGUUUACCAGGAGAGCAGGAACAGCCUCACAACUCUACAACUAGCGUAUGAUCAAGCUCGAUCUGAAAUUGAUACAAUCUUUGGCCCCAAGUUCCACCCGAAGUUUCCACGACGACUGAGGUCAUGUGACGUGUCAUGUGGAAACUACCCCUCCACUGAUGAGGGUCGCUAUAACGAUGGUAUUGACUUGGUCAAUGUAGAGGAGUUCAUUGCUCCGUUCUCGACUUACGUACAAUCUCUCGAGCUAGUAUCGCUUCCGAGUGACCUUCGACCCUUGUAUACGGAACAUGUCGGCUCCACCAUCCUUAUUCCUGCUGAGUCAGCAUUCAGUGACAUUCGCCUUAUCAUCCCGAAUCUUGUACCAUCAGUGGAAGUUGCUAUGUCCACAGCAAUCGUCCAAUCAGGUGCCUUCAUUUCAAGCAGCCUAUCAUUCGAGAGGACACUCUCUUAUCACGUGGAAGCAUUCAAAGUCCUGGAGGGGGAGUGGUUUAGGAUAGAUCCCACUCCCUUUUUGCAGCCGCUGAUGGGCCCUCAAGUGAAUGUGCAGUUUGAUUGCAACGAUGUGGUAGUGUACGUUGGUGGCACAGUUGUGGAAAGACGGGCCCUGCUAGAGUCUACAGACGUUGUCAUGGAGAUGAUGGGGAACCCACUUGUACAAGGUAUUCCCGAUCAUGAGUUUCCUCAGCCGUUUGAUCAUGUGAUCCAAGGCGAUGAUGUCAUAACCUCCUCUGUGGGGGGUAGCAAUAUUACAGACGUCACCUUCUUCCAGAGCAGUACCCAAAUCAUGGUGGGGCCCAUCCCAGUCCUGUUUGAAUUCUCUUCUGUUGGUUUGUACGGAUUCUCCUACUCUCCUUCAAUCAACCUCCUCUCUAAGAAACUCCACCUACCUGUCACACCCACUAUCCAUGCAAAAGCCCAGGGGUUUAUGCGUACAGGGACGGGCACUCAGAUAGCAGAAGUGGAGUUCAGCGGUACACUGCUACAGGCCUCGCUACCACAAGUGCUGAGUCAGGACUUCAACGUCUGGCCCCAGAAAGCAAGCUCCACAAUGGACGUCAUUCUUGUCCCCUCUACGCUCACACUCACCUCUCGUCUUCUCCGACUCACAGGGGGCGUGGCCGAACAGGAAACCCUCCAGACAAAUACUCUAGUACGAUAUUCGAUACCAGCAUUCAAUCAAAGCGAAUUCUACUAUGAAGGGACUUUAGCUGAUACUACACCUCCUGUUUUUACGCCUUUGCCAUACUCCUCCGUCCAAUCUGCAGAAUGUUUUGUGAGGCAGUUACCAGGGAAACCAUACAACAAUCCUACGUUUGAGUUAGAAGCCGACGUGAGUGAUCCUGACAGUCUUUUAAACAUUUUCUACCAAGUAGGCACGUACGAAAAUAGCGGUGAUGUCAUCGAGAAAACAGAAAUUGGUGGCACAAGUAUUGUCGUUCCCUCUCAACUUAUUUCCCGUUAUGACCUAUACUUUACUAUCUCUGCUCGCAAUCUGAAUGGGAUCGAAUCUUUCGCUACCUGCAAGUUACCCGUAGGCACAUACUACGAUCGCAGUCCCCCUCUUGCUAGAGUGAUACCAAUACGAAGCGUCUCUAGUCACUCGUCGAAAAUUCGAGCUCUCCUCAGUCUGUUCGACGAGGCGGGCUUUGAAGGGCCGCAAGAGGUUGCCAUAGGAACCGUGCCUGGUGAGGACGGUGACGAUGUGAUGGCCUGGAGAGUUUGGAAUGCAUCGUUGAUCAGUACACCACCAGAGGAUUCUGGGAAUGCUCUGGAUCAAUUCAGUUUUGGAAGACCGGGUCGCCUAACUACAGACAUUGUACGAACCCUAACCUCAGUGGACGACCUCAUUUCUUGUGCUCUGAACUGUCUAAACAAUUCCAACUGCCUCUCCUUCGACUACUCCCAACAAGAAGCCACUUGUAGUAUCCAUGGUAACAUCGAGGGACCCACCUCCGCUCAAAAUUCCCAUUCUCUCUAUCCGUUCCAAAACACUGAUGUUUAUUUCGAGUCGUUUGAGAACGUUUAUGAAACUCCCAUUUUAAGGACAGCCGGAAAUUAUUAUCAUUACGAAAAGCUUGGUGUCGGAAAUACUACAGAGUUGGAAUUUUCUGAUUUGUUUUUCGAGCAUAACACUAUGUACUUUAUCAAUUUACGAAUCAGAAACAAACUUGGUGUUGAGGAUAUUGUGUCAUCGACUGGUUUUCUGGUGGACCUUGCGCCGCCCUAUCCCGGUAUGAUUAGGAAUGCUGCUAGCGAUGUCUUGGUCAGCGAUGGUUGUAAUGUGGGCGUGGUCAUCCCUGGUUGCAUUGACGACAGCGGAGCAGCAAAUCACAGGGUGAUUGUGGAUGGACCUGCCUCAGGCACUGUGUUCAAUGGCCCCUCCCCCGCUCUGGACGCCAUGCACACCAGCACCAACAACUACAUUAUCGCUCACUGGCAUGGCUUCCAAGACCUCCAGUCGUCUAUCUAUGCCUACACUUGGUGUAUCGGCACUAGCAUCGGGUCAUGUGACCUCCUACCUCCCACAGACCCACAUGCAGCCCUCGGACUGACCAUACCCGAGACAUGGACCAAUACCGGUUUAGCGAGUUUCCAAAACCUUUCGGACGGGUCUUACUUCAUCACUGUGCAAGCUAUCAGCAAUGUCGUCUACGGCGGACCGCUAGCUACAACUGUACAUCAUUCGACACCAUAUAUAAUUGAUACGACUCCGCCCAUCAUUGAAGAAGUUUUCAACAUCCAGUACAACUACACGUCGAACGAACUGAGUCUGGAGUAUAACUUGUCUGAUUCCGGUUCUGGUAUCGGAAAUGUGGACAUUGCUAUUGGACGGACUCCUCGUGACACUGGGUUGCUAGGGUGGACUGCACAAGGGAUGAGUGGGCGUGGCUCCAUCGUCGUGGUGAUACCGGACGGUGUACCAGGGUGGGUAAAGCUUAGAGCAACAAAUAAUGCUGGCCUGAGGAGUAUCGCCGUAGCUGAAAAUUCCAUCAUGGUUGAUCGCACACCCCCUCUGGCUGGUACAGUCAACGAUGGCUCUGAAAUCUCAUUGGACGCCAGUUAUCAGUCAUCUCUGGAUACGCUCUGUGUGAACUGGGAGGGGUUUAGCGACCCAGAGUCUGGAGUGGCUGAAAUUGAGUGGACAGUCGGUAUCACCAGUUCUUAUGGCUCUGGAUUUGCGACACUCCCUCUGUCACCAUCGGAGAUAGCGGGUCACAUGACUUGCAUGUCUGGCCUUGCUCUCAUUCACAAUACGACAUACUACUCGUUUUUAUCAGUUACCAACGGCGCCAUGACACCACUCACUACCACUGUCGGAUCUAACGGAGUUCGCACCGACGUCACCCCACCCUCCACGGGCACUGUUAGUGAUGGACCACACCCUACUAUCGACCGUCACUUCUCUGAUUCCCACACAACUGUGUCUGCCACAUGGUACAAUGUGAUGGACUACGAAUCCGCCAUAGACACGUACACAGUGACUGUGUACAGACGAUUGUUAGAUAGCUCCACCAUCGACACAUUACAUCAAGAACGAGUUUCCGGAAAUGUGAAUGAAAUAACGUGGAACGUUUUUUCGUUGUUGAACGGAGAUUUUAUCACUGUUCAAGUUCGGGCCUUCAAUGGAGCUGGUCUAACAUCUACUCAGAUAUCUGAUGGCGUUACUAUCGAUUUAACUCCUCCGGAGCUAGCGUAUAUCGUAGAUGGACUUAACCCCUCGGUUGACGAACAAUUUCAAGCUAAUACUGACAGUAUACAAGUCGCAUGGAACACUACAGAUAACGAAUCAGGUGUUGCAAUAAUCGAAGGAGCAAUCUACGAAGUUGGAGGAUCCCGUAUAAGGAAAAUAUAUCCCAUUGAUGGAUCUACGGAAUCAAUACCCGCUAGCGAAAGGUCGUGGUUUGUUGAUAGUCUACAACUUGUUUCAGGGCUUCAAUAUUUCGUUUCGAUCACCUUCACAAAUGGAGCUGGUUUACGAUCUGUUUUUAAUACGAAUGGUGUUAUAAUUGACUCUACCCUGCCCGCUGUUGAGUGGGUAUUAAUCAUGAGUGAUACUUAUACCGAUAUGGACGCAGUUAGUACAGUUGACAGUAUCUCAGAUCGAAUCAAUGUCAGGUGGUCUGCUUUUGAUCCCGAGUCUGGAAUUGCUUACUAUCUCACGGGAAUCGUUAAUGAAAAUUUUACAGCUGUGACCCCCAAUAUGACAUUUGACGGCUCAUCAUCUGGGGGGCUUAUUGACGAUUUCUCUCUGACCCCUGGAACAGAAGUGUACCACUUGGUCGUGUUUGCAGUCAAUAAUGUUGGAACUGUGUCUGUUCCGGUUUAUUCAAGUCAAUUUAGGGUUGUCGAUGGAGACAGUGCAGGUGUGGUCAUCGAUGGGGAUUCCCCUGAUCGUACGGACAUUGAUUACACCAACGAGGUGACUACUGUCACUACUCAAUUCUACGACUUCAACAGCCAGACGUGUGGCGGGAUAUCCGAGUACGAAUGGGCAGUGGGUGUGGCAGAUGAAGAAGGGAGUGUGGCCAAGGAGAGUGUGAUGUCAUUCACAACUCGAGGCAUCGUCACCCUUGACAUGCCUGGUUCCGGAUAUGCGCAAACCUCCAUUCCAAAUCUGUCUUCGUACGCCGGAAAGCGACUCUUUAUUACGGUUCGAGGGAUCACAGAUUGUGGGAAGAUUUUGGAAUCGACUUCGAAUGGCUUUAUCAUCGUAACUCAACCCCCAUCCCUCCGAAUCUUCGGUAUUGGCCCUGAUGCUACUGAGCAUGCUCAAAUCGACGGCAAUGUGUACCAGAGUGAGAGUACUUUCUCCGUUUCUUGGGAGGUUUCACGAGAGACUAACAAGCAUACGUUCGUCAAAGUGGGUACCUUUCCCGGCGGAGACGAUAUAACAGACAAAACAGAAAUUUUUGAGAAUUAUUUCAGAGGUGUACUCUCGUCUGGUGAGGGAAUUCCCCUGUACGUUACCGUAACUGCUGUGGAUGGUGCCGAGCUCAAGUCCAUUGCUAUUAGCGAUGCUGUUGUCAUGGAUAUCAGCCCUCCUAUUUUAGAAGUGGUAUCCAGCUCUCUCUGGUUCUACCCUAACAGUCCCCAGCGUUUGUUUGUUGAUCCGUCACUACCCAGCACUGCUGUGAUCAAUCUUGAACUGUCACGCUUGAUAGAUCCCGAAAGUGGAAUCUCCGAAGUCGCUAUAUCUAUUGGAGCCAGCCCCAAUGACCAAUCGGUUUUGAAUCAAACCACCCUCACUCUUGGAACAAACUUAACGUCAAUUCAAUCGCCUCUCUUUUCUAUUGCUCAAGGCGUAGAUGAACUGCACAUUGAUAUCUAUAUUACGAAUCUUGCUGGAGUUGAAAUUGUCAUUCCUCUAGCCCCCCUGCGUUGCACACCAGUACCCCCCACAUUCGAGGGUGUUGUGCUUGUACAACCGAAUGCACGAUCAGCAAAUUACAGCAGCCAGGGUUUUGAUACCGCGCCACCAGCUGUGUGUCUACAUGAUACUGAUGUGGCCUCUGUGACUAUAGAACAGCACUGGGAAAGUGGUUGUGACAGCUACGAGAUUGGUAUUGGAACACGUCCAACAAGCGACGACAUUCGCAACUACGAGAAAAUUGUUGCAACUACGAGCGAUGCCGACCAAACCACAUUCGAGAAUGUAAACCUUCCACGAAUCGAUUUCUCUCCUGCUGGGAGCAAUCCAGUGUAUUUUAACGUCAGGUGCAGUUCUAACAAUGGCAAGAGCACAAUAUCUAGUGGGCCAAUAUUCAUCAAGACUGACGUCAGAGCUAUUUCAAUUUUGGACGGAAAUAUGCGCCAAGACAUUGAUUUUCAAACUUCCACCACAGAGAUUUCCGGUCAGGUGUACGUGAAUGUGAACUGUCCGCUUGUGACUGCCAGCUGGUCCAUUGAACGAGUUGAUGGAGAUGUGAUACAAUCUGACACGCCCCUCACAAUUCCUAACACCUUGGUGUCAUUUACUAACGCAUUUGAACUUUAUACUGAUCAAGUUGACCUCGAUGUUGAUCAAUCUUACCGCAUCAAGUUCACGGCCGUUGACUAUUGCAAUCAAGUGUAUAGACUCACUUCCGAUGGUGUUUAUGUUGCUAACAGAAGAGCCAAACCUCCACUAAUUAUGGACGGCCUCAUACCAAACCAUAAUAUGAAUUUCCAAAACUCGACUACAAAGCUCUCUUCUCAUUGGUCGAAUGCUGACGGUAUGGAUGGCGGGUUGGAACCAGUUCGAUAUCUAGUGGCGGUCGGUACAGAUCUCAGAUUUGCAAGUACAAGAACAGAUGUCGUACCAUUCACAGAUGUUGGUCUUAAUACUAGUGUCACGUUUAAUAAUCUUGAUCUAGUAGCUAUGGCAACCUAUUACUUUACAGUGCGAGUUAUCACUGCUUCAGGGGAUUUUGCCGAUGCUACUUCUAGCGGUGUUGCUGUCGGCUACGAGCAAGUUAUUAUCCCGAGAAAAAUAUCACUAGAACGAUUUCAGUCUGAUACAACGAGUUUAAACAUUUAUUGGUCUGAUUUCCAAUCAGAUUUGCCAAUAAGAUUGUACGAAGUUGCCAUAGGAACAGUUCAGCUCAGCGACAAUUCGCUAGAACUGUUUUGUCGAGAGAGCACAUCAGAUUUUGCUGGAGAGUUUAGUAUAUUUGGUUUUACAAGUGUUAAUUUGGAUACUUUUGCUAGUUUUAUCGAUCUUAGCCUGUCACAUAAUACGACUUACUAUUUAACCAUUCGAGUUCUGGAUCAGGCCGAUAAAUGCAUUGCUGUAACAACUGAAUACGGAAUCACUGUCGACACAUCUCCACCGCUUAGUGAAAACACACCAGAUUUUGUUCAAGUUGGCACAGAGGCGUCACGGUCUCUGGAUCUACCGCCGACUAUUGCUGUGUAUGUAGCCAGUUCUGAAAGUAUUGAAGUUUCCUGGGAUGAAUUCUUAGAUCUGGAAUCCGGUAUAGAGUCGUAUGAAGUGGCACUGUACACACAAGGCGCUUGUGGUGAUGUGGAAUCGGUAUUGGAAACUGUUGUUGAUUUUAAAGACGUUGGAACUGAAAGAGAGACGAAUUUCGAGGGAGUGGUUUUGAAAUUGGACGUGGCCUAUGUUGCCGUCGUGCAAGCGAUGAACAGAGCUGGUUUAGUGUCAAGGGCCUACUCACUUCCUUUUGUUGUUGAUAGCCUCGAGUAUUUUAGUGGUGAUAUAAAAGACGGGUCGUCAUGGGAACGUGAUGUCACCUUCCAGAGCGAUCUGAGCAUUCUCAGUGCAACAUUCACUCACACGAAGCUACCACCCACCACUCCAAACACAGCAAUGAAUGGACCCUGCCCAAAUUCUCUGUUUUAUCCUCUUUCCUACUUCAGUGACAAUUGGACAGCUCUAACUACUGCUAAUCCCAUACAACCAUUCUCAUCUGGUCUUCUGUAUUCACCCUCUCAAGUGAAUACGUCCGUCAGCGGUGUUCCCGGUAUAGUAAUAACAGCUGUUAGAGAUGUUGAUGUACCGCAAGACCAAUUAUUAACCGGAGCAUAUGCAACACAAGUUUCUCUAUCCAACGGUGGAGUGGUAUCCAUGGAUAUCUUAACUGCAGACGGAGAGAACGAACUUGAAAUGAAUGCUGUUACUUCUAUUCUAUUUGUUGAUGGAGCACCCCCUGAUACAAUUGUUGUUUUUGAAGGAGGAAAUGAGCGACAGAUUUCCGAGUUAGCAUAUGAUAUGGUCGGUGUUCAGAUAUACCGUGGAAAUACUGCCGACCGUCCACAGCGAAUCGAACUAUGGGCAAUAUCAAGUGAUUCUGGAAGCGUUCUUGUAAGCGUGUCACAUGACAUAUCACAUGUAGACCUUUCUCAAAUACACACUUUUUCUAUGGAUUUCAAAACAGAGGAAGCCAGUUACGGACAAACUCGAUACUUAUCUCUCUACAUUGAUAACAUACUGGAAGCGAGUCUCUACAAUAUCCCAUCGUUAUCAGACAAUACACAAGUAGUGUUCCAUGUUUUCAAUAGAUUGGGGUAUGUCCCCUUGCCUGUGGCUUUUGACCCUCCCACAGUGCAAGCUGUUUUCGGGAAUGUAUCUCUUCCGAUGAGAGUGGGGGGAGUUUGCGACUAUGGGAGUCCGUUUUUCAGUCGCAGUAGUUCGAUUGUCGAGUUUAGGGCAGCUGUCGGGAGCACCCCUGGAUCAGAUGACGUUGUGGAAAUGAAGACUGUCUCUGAUCCUUGUCUGACAUGUCUGCCCACUACCCCCUGCCCAACCUUCGGCUGUGACCCCUCCUGCUCUGCACAAGAUAUCAUCCCUCUUAUCUUUACCAAUCUCACGCUAUCACCAGGCAACCAAAAAAACCAAUCAGAAGAAUAUAGCACUGAUCAGUCUGUCUUCAACACGUUAUCUUCACUUUUGAUUGGUCAGUUUCAACCAGCAACUUAUUUCGUUACAGUUGAAGCCAUCACUGCUUCCGGGAGGACAUUCCGAGGUACCUCCAAUGGGGUUACCAUAGAUACAACACCACCAACAUUAGUGUCCGCUAUAGAACAGUUUGAUGUCUCUUUUUCACUCGAACAGUCAUCAAGAUUUCAGGGUAGUAAUAAUUCCAUAGCUGCCGGCUGGUUGUUCGAAGAUCUACAGAGUGGAAUUGUCGAGUAUGAGUGGGCGGUAGGGACAGUGCCAUACGGAGAUAAUGUACAGCCACGUACAUCAGUUGGCAUGGAAACCAGUGCCGUAAACAGUGACUUGAAUGGAGUGCUACAACAGAAUACAACGUAUUACGUCACAGUGUAUGCUACUAACGGUGCUGGAUUGGUUUCAAAUGCAACAAGUUUUGGAAUUAUGUACCUAGAAUCAGAAUUGAAUGCUACAUCCCUUGAAACUUUUGUCAGAGUGAAUUCUGUUGAUAUACUGAUGUUUGUUGAUGAUAAUGGAGAGACGAUUGACGUUUUAGAGUUUAGACUUCCCGACAGUGUUCGUGUGAUCUGGGAAGGAGUGGGCGGUGACGUGGAGGAGACAUACUGGUCCAUUGGCAGCGAGAGAGACUCCGUCCUGUUAGAUGUGUUCCCACGUACACUCGUCAGUUUCAACAACAGCCAAUCAGCAGCCAUCGCCAGUGGUGUUCUUUACCUUGAUGACCAACCUUUCGCUAGUCUUUCCGAAGUGAUUGCUUUAGCCGAGGGCAGAGAAGUUAACCCAAUGGAUGACCAGUUUUAUUUCGAGCCAGGAAGACUGUUUUAUCAUUCACUGGAGUUCUGCAACUUUGUUCAUCGCUGCACGUCAGUUACAGCUGGACCUUCUGUUUUGAUAAGGGAGAAUGAUGUCAGAGUGACCCCCAGCAUAGAGGGGGAGGGUGUGUCCAUCACCGUGACUCAGGAGGUGCCCUCAGUGCCUAGUCCGGCGACGCUAUCCACUCUAGACAGGGACUACACGUACACAUUGACCACUACUGGUUUGGAAGCCGAGUCUGUUUUCAUAACAGGAUAUCUCAGCCAGUUUUCUGUUACUCAAAAUUAUCGUGUGGCCGUGCCUUAUAUCAGUAACCCUUUCGUAACCAUGGCGCAGACAUCUCGUGAAAUAGCUCGGCGAUUCACAGAAAUCGGUGGACCCAGUUUCUAUAUUUCUUUCUUUGGGCAGGACAGCUUAACUGGUGUGAUUGGCGUGAAUGUGACAUUUGAUGGCAGCCUGGAUUGGGCCGCAGCUGUCCCAGAGCUUGCUUAUUGGGAUAUUGAUGCGGCAGUAUGGCGGGAAGUGGGUGCCACAUGUGACAGUAGCUCCAGUGUGGAUUGGCCGUCGCUCACCCUCUCUGUACAAGUGUGUUCCACUCUUCUCGAUGAGCUCGCUAACAGACCAACCAGUCUCUCUCGUCGGAGGCGACAAGCCAGCGGAUCCGGUAGUGGAAUGAACUCUGACCCCACCACCGAACCAUUGAGUUACCUCGAUCGUCCUACACAAUUCAUUGUCAUACGAGUCGGCAAUACUUCUACGAACACACCCCCCAUACUGGAUCUACCUAGCGACCCCCUGAUUGUAACUGAAGACACUCCACUACAGUACCAAUUACAAUACGAAGACGCCGAAGGUGACAUCGUUUCCUUUUAUCUAGCCUCCCUUCCAAAGCUAGGUUCGGCUAAUCUCACCACCGAUGGUCAAUUGACCUUUACACCUUGUGAUAAUUGUCUUGGAAUAGACAUGCUGGAUAUUCUGAUUGUAGAGAAUCCAUUAUUAGACACACAAGUGCCUCUAUCAGCUGGUGGGCGACUUCUCCUACAAAUACAAAACAGAUUUGAUAAUCCGGAGGUGUUUUUCUACACAAAUGUGACGUCAAGCCAACUCACUGUGCAACGAAGUGUGACCGUGUACAUGGAUGCUAACAGGACCUCCCCUGUGAGAGUGGCUAGUAUUGCUGGCUUCGAUUACGACGGCUACAAUGACGAUUUAUCAAUCUCCAUACAAAAUGGUCUCCAGGGAGAUGCCGGCUCUGAAAUAUGGUUGGACGUUGUCAACGUACCUGAGAGUCUUCCAAUUUCUUUCGCAGACGGUACGAAUUCCAUCCUUUCUUAUGCUGACUACAUCACUUUCGUGGGGUCAUACAUCACCUAUCUACCCAGAGAUCGCAACUUUAUCGGAACUGAUAGUGUUAGCAUAAUUGUGCAAGAUUCUAAUAGUCGAACGAGUUCAGGGUUAACGAUACAAAUUGAAGUAUUGCCGUCUGUUUGUCAAAAUGGUGGUGUGUGUGGCAGAAGUGAACUGGAUCCGGACUGCACUGAUAUUGCAAGGAGGAGGAAUGGAUCUGAGGGGUACAAUUGUUCGUGCCCGAGUGGAUUUGGGGGGCAGUACUGUGAAAUUCAAACAAAUACCCCCACACCAGAGCCAACAAGAGCUUGCCCAGUUGACGUGCCUAUAGUUGAAUGUGAGGGUGACCCGUGCAGUGAUGCAGUCUGCCCCUCCCACCCUACCGCCACUUGUACGUCCAAUCAGUGUGGAGCCUGCACUGCACAGUGGAGUUUACCGGACGGCACCUCUGUCAGUUGCCACGCUGACAUUGCUGGCAUAUGCGAUUCCCCGGACAUUCCCAAUGGAGUGUUCCCGCAAGAUUGUGCCACAACCACAUGUGCCUGUCCACUCAGUCAGUUCGUAUGUCCCCAAGAUUCUGUCAUCACCGUCACACGUGUCGACGGAUGCUGUCUCUCUUACGAGUGUGUGUGCCCCGAUAUUUCCUGUCCGUAUCUCAUGGAACGUGGUACAGGGCUACAACCAGUGCCGCAAUACCGUGGUAACCUGUUUCCAGGGCGAUGUUGUCCGUCUUAUGACUAUCUUGAUAUCAACGAAUGUUUAGACGGCAAUCAGAACAUGUGCACUGAUGCUUGUACCAACGAAGACAACAGUUACAGCUGUAGUUGCCCACAGGGGAAAACUCUCGCCAGAAACGGAGUCACUUGUGGAGUGUGUCCUUAUAAUGGAAUGGAGUAUCUGAUUGGAGACCGGGUGAUGAUCGGCUGCAACUGGUGUAUUUGCCGUGGUGAUGAUCUGAGUGGUGAGCGUUGGCAUUGCACAGCUGCCCCGUGUGAGAGAGGUUGCUAUAGCGAUGGCAUGUUCUACCCCCUGGGCACAGCUCUGGGCCAAGGACAGUUCAACUGUUCCUGUGAGGCAACUGAUACCAGUGCAGAGUGGACAUGUGUUGCAAGCAACUGAACAUAAUGCAACUGAACAUAAUGUACACUGUCUCUAGAUCUUCAUCUAGCCAUAAUUUAGCUAAACUGUCCAUUGUAGAUUUUGGUACUAAUUACAUAAUGUUCAA